AAACCAAGCAAAGACAGGCAGGCCAGUGACCCUCCCCUCCCCUCGCUGCCGCGUACAUAGCAAAUAGCGUCGCGUUGCCCCACACGCAGACACAACACCACCGCAGCGAAAAGCAACCAACCUCCUUUCCCUUCCCCUCUUCUCAACUCCGCUCCCUUCUUGCGCGGCCGGCGGGGGCGCCCCAGCCCCACCCACACCCUGGCCUUGAUGACUACUGCGCCCAACAUCGAGAUGAUCGCCUCCUCGUUGCGCCACUGCUCCCUCAACGGCGGCGGUGGUGGCGGAGGCGGGCGGCGCCAGGGCGGCGGAGGCAGGCGCUGCGGCGGCGAGGGCGGCGACGACAGCGAGGGCGUCACCGUCGAGCUCAACUCCGACGUCGCGCUGCCGUACCACUGGGAGCAGUGCCUCGACAUCCAGACGGGGCAAGUGUACUACAUCAACUGGGAGGACGGCACCCGCACGACCGUCGACCCGCGCACGUCGGCCUUCUCGCCGACGCGGCGCUCUACGUCGUCGGCGUCGCGCCGCUCGGCGCGCACACGCCGCGACUCCACCCCCUCGUCGGGUUACACCUCCGUGUCGUCCGUGGGCGCCGUGGCCGCCGACAGCGGCUACGACAACGAGGAGGGGGACGGCGAGGACGACGACGAGGAGGCCGAGAGCAGCAGCAGCACCACGAGCAGCAGCUCCAGUAGCACCGGCAGCAGCCGUGGCUCCGCCGUCUCGUCCACGCUCUCGUCCUUCUCGCCCACCGACGAGUCCGCCUCCGGCGACAACGGCAGCGCCAUCGGCGCCGGGCACGUCCUCGUCGCAGCCGGGUGCCGCGCGUGCUUCAUGUACUUUAUGGUGCCCAAGCGCGCCGACGUGUGCCCCAAGUGCGGCAGCUCCGGCCUCCUCCACCUCAGCCGCAACGACUAUGCCUGAUCUAGCUCGCCCCCGCCCGUCGCCGUGCGAUUCACUAAUUGUAGGGCGGGGGGGGGGGGUGCUCUUCGCAAAUGGGCAAGCUCUGCCAUGGAGCCAAUGGCUGGCUAGGUGUCAGUAUAACUUCCAUAAAACUAGUUUUCUUGCAAAGAGGUCCCCAAAUCUUGUCAUUGAUUCCUGCUACAUUGUAUGCCAAUUUGCAAAAUGUAUGGGAGAACCAUUUCUAGAAUUUCUUUUCCUUUCACUACUGUAUUUCUGGGUGUCAUUUUCUAUUAUAUUUUUCUUUUACCUUCUCCAGCUAGUGGGACCCAGAUGCAGAGAGACUGACCCUUUUUUUCUUUUCAUCUGAUGCCAAAUGCCAGGCAGAGGGAGAUGUGUUGUGUGUUGUUGCUGCUGGAUUAUGCCCUUGCUUUGGUAGCAUAUACACCAGCGUUUAUGUAUGUGGGUGGUUCACUCCA